CGAGAUAGGCUAGCGCGACGUAGCGACGUUCCAUCGUAGUCGAUCGAAGAGUCGCCUGGAUCGCUCGAAUGCGUCGCGCCGCUUGAUCCCCCCGCGUCGAUCGGAUCGGUGAGUUUCGGGAAAGUCGCGCGCGGUCGCGGUGUGGUGUCAGUGUGAACGGUAAAAUACGGCAGCGAGAGAAAUAAGGAGAGAAAGAGAACGGAAUAGAACGGAAAGAAACGGUGUGGUGUGAGGACUGUCUUCCUGCCGGUGGAGAGUGAAGAUAGGCAGCGAUCAACGUCGCGAUGGCAGCCCGUCGUGAGCAGCGUUCCACCUGCGUGGCGAUCGCCGUUCUGCUGCUGCAGCUAACAGCUUACACGAACGCAAUAGAACCGUACUUGGACAUUUUGCCGCGCGGCGAGAAGCAGUCGAAGCCGGUCGGAUCUAGCAUCAUCCUUACGUGCAAACCAAAGGUAGACAAUCCGGCGCUUGUCAGUCAGAUGGAAUGGCUCGACCCGGAGAACCGCGUGAUCGAGACUCGCAAAAACUCCGUCUUGCCGAUCAAUUCUAGAAUCGACAGAACGAAGAGCACGACGCCGCCCAUGUACACCGAAUUGCAUCAGGAUGGUAGUCUGUCUCUGUUCUUUAAUUCCCUUGUGGAGCAUCAGCAAGGGAACUACACGUGUAAAGGGACUUACGCGCUUAAUGUGCCAUUAAGCAAGUCCGUGACGAUUGAUACUAUUAUUGGAAUCACAUGGAAGAAUGCACCACAAAAUCAGUAUCCGAUUCUCGGGGAAGACUUUGAUGUUCAGUGUCAAGUACACGCUAGGCCGCCGCCUUCGAUCGAUUGGCUCGACAACAACGGAGAUCUGAUCAGUACGAAUGAUCACUACAUCAUAGAUACGUACUCCUUGAAGAUCAAGAAUGUCCAAGAGUCCGAUGACGGCGUGUACACAUGUCGCGCAUCGGUCCCAACCACGGGAGAAUUGCAAGAGCGACCUAUCCGCGUUGAGGUGCACAUACGACCCGUGAUCGAAGAGAUCUUGAGUCCAGUCGACAUCGUCGAAGGCGAAAACGCGAACAUUGCGUGCAAAGCAAGCGGCAAACCGCCACCAAUGUUCACGUGGGUUAAGUCUUUAACUCAACAGAAUCUAUCUAUCACCGACCGCUUCGGCGUCGAUCCGGUCACGGGUAUGCUCACCAUCACAAAUGUGAAUCGCGAGGACGUGGGCGAAUAUCAGUGCAGCGCGGCGAACGCCGCCGGCAUCGCUACUGCCACCAUCCAGGUGAACGUGAUUAUCAAGCCGAAAAUCAUGGAGUUCUUGAACAAGACCGUGGUGGAGGGUAAAAACGUGGAUAUCAAAUGCAAGGCCUUCGGCCGACCACCACCCGAGGUGACCUUCAGGAAAUUCACCCACGACAAGCCAUACGUGAUGGGCGCUCAGCCGCAGGACGACCGGAUCGUCGUGAGGAACGACGCGGAUGACGUGUCCGGCGAGACCGUCGGCACUCUGUCGAUCCAUGACGCUCUCACCGACAACGACGGCCUGUACGAAUGCGUGACGAAAAAUACCGGCGGCGUCGCCUACAAGAACGGCCAUCUGACCGUGGAGUUCCCGCCCUCCUUCCGCCACAUGAAGAACGAGACGGAAUGGUCCUGGGAACAGCGACCAGUCAAUCUCACCUGCAUCGCCGAGAGCAUACCGAACGCGACGAUACGCUGGACCGUACAUGGAGAUCAGGAUCCUCUCAUUUACUACCCCAAUAUGUUUAAGCAGUUCGGAAACGGACCGAAUUCCACCCUCCGAGUAACACCGAUCGACCAGAGAUUUUAUACCACUUAUAAGUGCAUCGCCAUGAAUACUCACGGCACGCGGGAGCAUUUGAUCGAUUUGAGGGAAGCGACGAAACCUGGCGAACUCUUGAGCGUCAAGAUGGCCGAGGUCACUGCCACGACGAUAACAUUCGAUCUAAUACCACCUACGCAUCCGGAUUUGCCUAUCACCUCUCUCACCGUGCAGUACAAAGAGGAGUAUGACGUCUGGCAGCACGCGAAAAACAAAACGUGGUCUGUCGGUACCAUGUACGCCAUCGAUGGCUUGAAACCGCAGACGCCUUACGAUUUCCGAUUCGCGGCGAGGAACCAGGUCGGUCUGGGUAACUGGGGUAACUUCUACCGCGAGAUCACGCCGGGAAGAACGGUGCCGAAAGAGCCGAGAAUCCUGACCACGCCAGGCAACGAAUACGAGAUCUCUCGAUUCUCUCAACAGUACGAGCUCAGCUGGGUGACGCCGCUCGACAAUGGCCAACCCAUAGACAUGUACCUGAUCAAGUACUGCCAGAUAAGACGUGUCCUCGGCGAUUGGGAGACGUUGGGGAGCACCUGCCAAUCGAUAGAGGUCAAUGGCAGGACGACGAGACAGUACCUUAAGGAACUGAGAUACGAUACCUUCUACGCGGUUGAGCUGCAGGCUCACAACAUGUUGGGCUACAGCAAACCUGGAUACAUGAAAUUUAAGACGGCUAGAGGUGUAGAUACCAGCGUGCUGCAGCAUCAAGGCCCGUUGUUAUCGAGCGGAGCCAUAAUCGGCAUUGUCCUCGCGACGAUAUUCAUCAUCUUUACCAUCAUCGAUGCCACCUGCUGCUGCGUGCGCAAGACAGGAAUUAUCAACUACGUGCGCGAACGAUCUCGGCGGAAACCAGUCGACGAGGAGGACACGAAACUCGGCAGUCUUUACGGUUGGCGGUUUCCAUUGCCGUAUUGCGACCAAAAAAUGGCCAAUGUCGCCGGGGUCACGGCCAUCCCAGACUCGGGUAGUGGAAAAAAUACCAUUAGAUUGGUCAAACACACAGCCAUAGACGAGAAGGAGCCACUGAAGGAGGAGAAGAAGAUCACGCCGAUCAUCGACUCCGGACUGCGCCGGGAGACCUCCAUCACCUUCGACGGCAAGAGGUCCGUCUCCAAGACCGGCUUCGUCGGCAAGGACUCGGCCGUCUAGAUAUUCUUCCGGCGUACUAGAUUGUAAAAAUCAUUCCGGAAACGCAGCGCGGUUUCCGGCUGAAGUGUUCUCGAAAAAAAAAAAAAAGAAACCCAAGAAAAUGAAAAAGCAAGAAACGAAAAGAUGGACGCGCAGAGCGGGGAUCAUCGUUCGUACGUUCACGAGCUCGUUCGCUUGGAGGACGAGAGAUCUUAGCGAUUCGGCUUCCGCUGGGAAAUUUUUUCCGGAUGAGGUAGAGCCUCGCCCGCGAGUUCCUCUCGCGCCGUUCAGCGCCGAGUCUCUCUGCCCGAGCCUCCGUUUUUCGUUUCGCCGUCAAAACGUUGCGCGGUUUCACGGUCGCGCACCGACCCGCCUUUCCUCCCUCUCGAAAAACCUCUUACCUCGUGUACCGCGAUACACUUGCCGCCUACACUUCCUCGUAGAAGCCCCUGGAAGCGCUCCCUACCCGUCGGUGAACUUAUCCUUCGCUUAUUACUUUGCCACGAGGUUCUCGCUGCACGUCUGAUUUCGCGUGUAAGGUAAGCUAAACCGCUCAAGAGAGGCGCAAACUUUGAAAACCUGACAUAUCCUCCGCUGCACUUUUAGCUGUGAAACACGUUAAGAUACGAUUAAAGUGAAAAAAAAAAAGGGAAAAUAAAACAAUUUGAUCGCAGUAUUUUGCUAGCGCUUUGACCGUAGCAAGAUCGCUCGAAAAUAACAUAAAAGAGGAUUCGAGGUAGUUUUUGUCGACGAAUAUGUCACGUUUGGAAGGUUUGUUACCUUGAGCAUAAAAGCAAGUCUUUAACUCUUUUGUCCCGUCAGUGUAUACUCGCCGAAGCAUGCGAAGGAGCACGGAUAAUCGAUAGCUUACGAAAACGAGAAGUACGGAAGUAAGCGAAGCUUACUCACGGUAGUUGCUCUUAGGAGGAAAUUAUACGGAUAUAAUUGUAACGUAUAAUGCAAGGAAACGAGGAGUACAGGUAUAGAGAUCGCUCGUGCGAACAGAAGAAGAAGGAGCUGGCAAGAAGAAUGUACAAAAAUUCGUCGUGCAAUUGGUAGAGGUCGACUGAUCGAUUUAGAUGAACGCUUCGAGGCACCUUUUAGAUUAUCACAGUCUAGUACGCUGGGUAGUAGUAUCGCGUCCUUUGUCGCGCGCGGCUUCAAGAAGGCCGCUCGGAAAGUCGUACUCUGUUGCGCGUGAAGAAGAAAAAGAAAAGAAAAAACUUUGUGUUCGAAAAGAAUAUUGCAUUUUUAAAAAAAGUACAAUUGCGUGAAAAUGCAACGCUCGUAUUCUUCAUUGUUACAUCCAGGCAACUUCAAUUCGUCAUUACGAAAAGAUUCUUUUUAAUCUUUUUAACAUUGAAUAUUCGAUUAGGAAAAGAUUCUAAGAUUUUAAGAUUCUUUGGAAAUCUUUCAACAAGACAUAUCUUAAUUCCGGUAAUGAAAGAAUUGAGGUAUUUUUGGACAAGAUGAAAAUGGAGAGCAAAAUUUAUCGUCGUUCUAGUCUUUGACUCAGAGAUGAAAUGUUUUUUUUUAUUUAUUUAUUUAUCAACUGUUACGUUUACUUUCAAUGUAUUGAUUUUGCAAUUAUUUUAGUGCGAUAAAAUUUUAUUUUAGUUUUGAUUCAAUUUAAUUGCGACACUGAAUCGCCCGUCUCCAGUGUUCGUAUAAAAAAAAAACAAAAUCGCACCUUGUAAAAGUCAUGUAAACGGGCCGCUCUCUAUUUUCAGAAUGUUUAGGAAUGUGAGUGUUGCUUUUAUACUCCGCCAACAGAGAAAACUCUCUCUUCUAAACGAAGGUGCGCGAUUUUGCGGCAACCUUCGAAAUUGUACAUACACCUUGAACAAUCUAUAUAACGUCUCUCUCUUCCCUCUCACGCUCAUACCUCAUUCUUCUUCCACGUCUUUCGAUUAGGCGCGACUCUCGUCAAUCGAGAGACGUAAACGGUAGAUAGCUUUCACGUACAUACGCGAUAUGUAUUCGCGACACGCUUUUAUUCUCGUAAAUUCCCGACUCCGUGAUCGUAACGUUCAAUCAGUUUGUCAUUGUUCUUUUUAAAUCCGAGAAGACUGACUUCUUUCAUAUUGUCAAAUCAACGGAAAACCAACGUUCAGGUAGCUGAAAGCCAACUAUCGAAAUGCAUCUUUUUCAUCAUUUAAGUCGCCGAUCGCGCAUUGUGUUGUUCCCAAUGCGCGCGUGUGUUCUCUGUUGAGUCUUACGAUCAUGCGUGUGACCAUUUAUAGUUAUGAGUGAAUUACUACUUAAAAUCUCGCAUAUCCUUGUAGCGAGCUCUCGUUCGUUCUUCGUACAUUUAUAUAAUCAUAACCACCCUUGUAUAUUUAUACCUUUACUUCAUAUUACCUCGAGUGAGAUAAGCUCUCAAUUAACUUUAUUUUUUUUUUUAAUCGUGAUAGUGUAACGUAUGUGUUUAACGUUACAGUUACCUCGUGAGACGAGUAAGAGCAGCUCAUCUUUUUUUUUAUUACCUUUUUUUAUGUUUUAUUACAUUUCUAAAAAAUUCUUCCUUUUCUAAGGAUAAAAAAAAACUUCGUUCUUUAGAAGUUGGAGAAGACAAGAUGAAGAUAGGCUCUUGCGACACUGUAUUUGUAUUGACAUUGCAGAAGUCACUAUGAUUACGGUGAUCAAUUGCGGUUGUUCAUACGGUGAUAAAGAAAACGUAGGAAGUAAACACUCUACUCGCAGCAUAGAGCGGAUAUUAGGCGGGACGAAUUAUAAUAAAUUUCUGACGAAAUUUCAACGUGUCAUCUUGACGCUAAGUCUCUCCGAAUACGUAUAUGUAUAGGGUAAUCAAAAGCAAACGGAAUUUGCCGUGGCGAGUGUUCAAGUCCCUUGCAGAUUCACACUUGCCAUUCGGAUUUUAUGAUCCGCGAGAGAGAGUGUGUGUGUGCGCGCGUGCAUGACAUCCAGAAAGCUGCCAUAUAAUUAAUAUAUCCGAUUAUAGCGAGUAAAAGGAAACGUACCGCUCUUGUCCUAAUGUCUAAGAUGGCUUUUGCAGAAAGAAACGCAGUUUAAAAUGUGAUAAGUUUUUUGUAAAUGCUUGUAAACGUUUUCUCCCUUAAUUGUAAGACGUAUUCGAGGAUAAAUCCUUAGGGAAGUUUUGGUAGGUUCUAGAGAAACCAUGCACACGAGAGUCGCGGAAUGCGUGUGCUCGCGGAAACUCGAGCUAUGGGCGGUUCACAUCCGACGAGGAAUAACGUGUUGUAACAACAUUUACUGUGUGGACAGGUGCGAUGAUAAAUUCAGAUAAUUCGAAAAUGUUUUUGCUCUAGCGCGCAGAUUCCAGAAAGAUUUUACGAACAUCGAUUUAGCUGUGAAUGCAAUUCGAGCAACCGACCUCCUUCGUCUCUCCUUUCUCGAAAAUAAGCGAAUUAUCGUUGAAAUUAAAUUUUGAAUUAACUACGGCCGGUCGUUAAUUUUGCAAAGCGAAGAUUUCUAUGUAGAACCGUAGAGAGGGAAAGAACAAGAAUGUAGAAAAUCCUAGAAGCGAGAACGUUCGGAUACUAUAUCAUUGCACCUGUUGAUACGUCGAAAGCCGGCGACGCUUCCUCGUGUUCGCGAACACGCCUUCCGUGCAGAUAGCUUUUUUACGUACAGAGAGAAUUUGCCAAAUACCAUAGUACUUAUUAGUACGUAAGUCAAUGAAUACAUAUAAAUAAAUAUAUAUAUAUUAUACAAAAAAAAGAUAUAUAUGUACAUGGAAAAUAAACGAGUCGCGGGACAUUCACGGAUGUCGCGCGGCGACUUCGCAUCGGCGAGCGAGACGCGUCAUCGUUUCUAGCACCUCCAGCUAUUUUGUAUCCGUUGCCAAAAGCCUGUAAAUCCUUAACAAGUAGCUUCCCACAAAAAAAAAGUAUUAGUGCGCAUCUUCCGAUCUGGAGAUAAUUACGAGUAUUAAAGUUCCGUAGAUGUAAGGCGUAUUUUUUAUGUAAUGCUUUUUCUGUACGCGACAAGAAAUCGUGCUCUCGAAUAAAAGUGAAAAAACG